GUUUCGUGGCUCGUUGAAGUGAUGAGCUAACAUAUAUUAACUUAAAACGCCAAGAUUAGUGUGUUUUAAAAUGUCGUAUUUACUGUCCGCUCUUAUGGCUACAUCACUCCUCGCUUCGCAGGCCUUUGGGAAAACUGUAACUGGACUUUUUAAGAGCGAAGUAGCGAGACUGCAGAAAGGCCAAUUCAUCACUAAUUUCAUGUAUCAAGGUGAUGCAGGUUUGGUGGUCUGUCAGCUGGACAACCCCUCAUUAGCUGCAGAGAUGGAGUCCAGGCUGCUGCUAUAUCCAAAUGUGGACAAGGACUGGGUCAACCUCAGCUGCUCUGAAAGACUCACUAGAGCCGAGUUCACCAUAUCUCUCAGUCAAGAAGAACACAACCAGACGAUCCCUCGUCAGUCGUCUCCCACGGUGUGGAAGGCUCUGUAUGCAGAUAGAUACACCUGUCAGGACGCUGCCGUGAUUCCUUCUCAUGGCGACCUCACGUUUACUGUCCUGCUGCUCAAUGCUGAUUCUGCAGGAAACCCUCUGGAGCACUUUAGUGCGGAGGAAGCAGGUCUUCAAACGUUUUACUUCCUCCUGCUGCUGGCAUACUUUGUGUCUUCCUGUAUCUACGUAAGGCCUCUGUACCAGGCUCUGAGGAAAGGCGGGCUCAUGCACACGGUCCUCAAGGUGCUGACCGCCGCUCUGGCCUUGCAGGGCUUCUCCGCCUUCUGCAACUUCAUUCACAUGGCAAGGUAUUCCAGAGACGGCGUUGGUAUUCCGCUGAUGGGCAGCCUAGCUAAGUUUUGGGAUAUGGUGGCUCAGGUGUCCGUGCUGUACACGUUACUAAGUCUGUGUGUGAGCUGGACUCUAAGUCGAGGCCGGAAACCUCAGUCCCGACCUCUGCAGUGGGAACAGUCUCCGGCGUCCACAGCUGUUGCCGUGGGUGGAGUCGUUACGCAGGGUGUGCUGCUGCUAUGGGAGCAGUACUCCGCAUCUGGGAGCCAACACCACAGCUACCACAGCCAUCAGAGUCUGGCAGGGAUACUCCUCAUUGCCCUCAGGGUGACGCUGGCCCUCCUGCUGGCCUCCGUUCUUUACCAGAUCAUCUCCACUGAGAGGAGCACCCUGAAGAGAGACUUCUACAUCUGCUUUGCCAAGGGAUGCUUCCUGUGGUUCCUCUGUCAUCCCCUCCUCGUCCUCACGUCCGCCAUCGUCAACGAGCACCAGAGGGACAAGGUGGUCACCAUCGGAGUAGUUCUGUGUCAGUCCAUCGCCAUGGUGAUCCUCUACCAGCUCUUUCUGUCUCGUUCCCUCUACUGGGAAGUGUCCUCGCUCUCCUCCGUGUCGCUGCCCCUCACUAUGUCCAGGACCGGUCAGAGGGGGCGCUACUGAGCACGGGUGCUUCUUAGGCGUACGCGGCGGACAAGACAUUUUGCUGGUGUCUGAAACGGGCUGAAGAGCGUCAGCCUGCCUCUCGCUACUCCAAGACAAGAGAGGGGUCACAAAUAAUUCAUGGACCAAUAGAAAAAGAAAAUGUAAGUACUGAGGCAGCAUCUCAAAAAGAAGAAGAUUAGCCAUUUGUUUUUAUAUUUACAGUAAAUACAAAAAAAUGCGUAGAAUAAGGUUACUAAACUGGCAGUCAUUUGGGAGGUAGUAGAAUUGAUUAUUUACCGGGUUUACAGUGCGAGAUGAUGGACCGAACAUCAUAUUGAUGUACAUGCGGGAUGAAUGACUGUUUAAAAGUCAUUUUUGAGUUGUAGCCUACUAAAAUGUGAAUUUGCGAGCCGGUGGUACAGUAUAUGAACUGUAAUAUUUUGACAGUAUAUCUCCCCGUCUUCAUCGGCAGAUGAAGGCGAAUAACCUCAAAGCUUCCGAGUGAAUGACGUUAUUUAUUCGCGGAUGCAUGACAUAAACAUUUCAGCGCCUUGUUUACGACCUGAUGCUUGAACAUAGACCGCUUUUGUUUUAUCUGUUGAACUUUGUUAGGUUUAUGUACAGUUAAAAACAUCCCCCCCAUUGUGUUACUCGUGUUGCUAGGGAUUUAUGAUGUACAACCUGUGGAAAUAUAUUUUAAGGUAAUAUACAAUCCAUUCGGAAUACUCCAUCCGGUUAAUGUUCAGAUUGCAGGACCAUCCCCAAAAUAUGCUUUGUACCCCCACAAUAGCAAAACCUGAAUUUUAGUAUUGUAAAACCACUUAAACACCACAAUAAUCAACAUACUAAUACAUGUCUUCAACAUGAUUACAUUAGAGCUGUCAAAAUGAGCUGUGUAUAAUCACAAAAAAAAUGUUUUGCAUUAAUUAUGAACACGCUUAAGUUAAUCAUGCAAUUUAUUUUGACCGUAUAUGUUCUUUUGCCCUAAUCGCUAUACAGUUACUGUUAAAAACUACAGAAAGGAGUGAGGUGACCGCGACUGGUGUUCUCCCUGCACAUUUCGCUCCAAAAUACAGCAUGAAAGAACUUCAAAUAAAGCUCUCUUACCGAGUUUUGUGCAAAUACAUGACAUGCGUUCAGAUAAACCGUUUAAAUGUGUCCCAGGAUGAUGCUCUGACAAUAAAAUUGUAUUUGAGUACAACUAUUGGGGGCUUUUCUUAAGAUCCUGUGUAUUAUGCAAGCUAGUAAUCACCUGCACUGCAAAAACUGAAAUCUAAGUAAGAUUAAAUAUCUCAAAUAAGGGUGAUAUUUGCUUAUUUUCUGUCUGAUAAGAUAAUUAUUCUCACUAAGCAGAUUUUAUGUUAGUGUUUUACUUGUUUUAAGGGUUUUGGUCCUAAAUGUUUUUAGUAAGAUAUUACAGCUUGUUGCUGAGAUUUUAGACCUAUAUUGAGUAAAACAUGCUUGAAACUAGAACAUCAACUGUUGCAAAGCUGUGUCAUCAACACUCACAAGUAUAAAACUACUUUUUUAAAGUAAUAUCUUACUUCAAGCAUGAAAAAAAAAUCAUGAUUUUGACACGAAUGUGUCUCAUAAUUUAAAACAGAUGACAGCCAAAUGGACUUUGCUGUUUUAUUUUCAAUGAAACAAUAGAAAAUACGUACUCAUAUAGUAGUACAGUUGGCACAGUACAGCAAACUGACAGUUAAUAUUUAAACAUUUAACAUGUGACAUUUCAAACAAUUUUGAACAGAAAUAGUUCAUGCACAUUCAGAUGAAUUCUUCAAAAUUACAAUUAAAUUUUUUUUUGCCGGGGGCCGGGCUGUAUAUAUGCACACUAAUUGACUGAAAGAGCACGCACUUGCCGCGAUGAUGUCAUGUUAUCGAUGGAAAAAUGCAUUUUAGACCAUAUAGUAUGCCUGAGCGGCUAGGAGACCCCGAGAGUAACAAGCGGUUGCCUUGUUGCCUUUCCAUUAAGAAAAAUGAAGUAGUUUUUAGUAUAAGUUUGCUGGUUUCAAGAACUGUAAUGCCGAGCGCAUAUCAUUAUGUCAAGAUGAUGGCACUAGCAUUUACUUCAUUUAAGAAUAUCUUUCAACAUAUUGAGCAAAAAGGUCUAUUUUUUUCUACCAAGAA